CCGGCCUAUUUUAUCGUCUGGUGGUUUGUUAUGGAAGAUGGCGAAUUUGUAGAUUUUUACGCGAUUCUGGGUUUGACGAAGAAUGCCACCAAGGAAGAACUUAAAAAACAAUACCAUUCUCUUAUAUUAAAACAUCAUCCUGACAAAACAAAAGUAGAAGAUUCUGUUUCACAUUUCUGUAAAAUUGAUGAAGCCUGGAAAACUCUAAGUAAUGAUCAACUGAAAAAUGAAUAUGAUGCAAAACUAAAAGCUUGGGAAUUGAAAAAUACACAUGCAGUACAUGAAGAAGUGAAAAUUAGUAGUAUGAAUAAAAUUUCAGACGAGAGUUACGAGAGAAGUUGCCGUUGCGGCGGAUCUUACAUACUAGAUCCAGAAGAUUUAAAGUACGGCAGCUGUCUCGUCAUAGAAUGCGACAGUUGUUCGUUAAAUAUUUUGGUUCAGACCGGACUUUAAGAUGUGUUUUUGUGUUAAGCAAGAAUUUGAAUGUUAGAUGAACACAAAAGUGAGUUGGUUUUAAUAAUUUUUGAGAAAUGAAUUAUUCUGUACAAUUAUUGAUACAAAGCACGUUUAUAAAAAUAUAAAUUUAUUU